AUGGCUACUGCAGGCGAAGAUUUCCGCGACGCUAUGCGCGACAUCCAGUCGAGCUCCUCCAACGAGCAAACCGAUCAGGAGGAGGAGGCCAAUGGCGACGGCGACGUUGCUGAGACCAGGAGCGCUGAGACGCCGGAAGAGUCGAUGAUGCACAGCCGAAUCAUGGGCGUUGACGCCGACAGCGCGUCUGUGCCUGAGCUACGUGGGGCCUUGAAACAUGCACAAGGGGGAUGGACCAAGGCCCAUUCGACGCUCUUGGCGCUCUGCCGUCGGAUUCAAGAGCUAGAGGAGGAGCUCGCGCAGGCCAAGUCGAAGAAGAAGGCCACGUCCAUGGAGUCAAAGGUCAUCACGAUUGGCCGCCAGUUCAUAUAUCUCUUUCGCCUCGCCCCUCCCAGCUACCUCUUUCCGCUUCACGGCGUCGAACCUCUCGACCCUCGUCAUCCAUCAAGGUUCAAGAGCGUCGACAAGAAACGCCGUUGUUUAGUUACCGAGUUUGUGAAGUUCCUGUCGCCUGAACUUCGUAAAGCUAUCGUCAACUUUCCGAAUUUCCAGGAAAAGUUUCUUUUCGGUGUGCGGUCCGAGAUUGGCACCAUGGUCAACAGCGUCAAAUCCCAGUACCCGCGCAUCUAUACUGGGCUCCACAUCAGCAACCACGGGCUCCUAACCGCGGAGAACCUCACGAAGGACCCUACUGUCAAAUGGCUCCUUCAGGACCCCUUCAAACCUGACGACCAGAACACCAACGGUAGCGGCAACGGCAACGGCGCGGCUGAGGGCGAGGGCAAGGGCGAAGGCAAGGGCAAGGGCAAGGGCGACUCGCAGGAGGAAGCGGAUGUCGUCCCCAUCUUUCCGAGGAUACUCUUCCAGCACCUGUACUUCCCUGAUGGCGACGAGCUUUUCAGGCAGGAGGCUCUGAUAAAUGCAGCUAAAGGCGCUUUAUUCGGGCCAACGGCGUUGACUGGUCGCGGCGGCGCUGGCGGUUCAAAGCCGAAGGCGACUAGGUGGGGAAUCAAGGCAAGCACGACUGGGCUUAUCAGCAACAUAUCAGUCUUGGUAAUACAUCGACUCACCCCGGACCAAGAGUUUCACUCCCCAGGCAAGGUCACGCAUGUCAAUUGGGAGGCUCGGUGCGACGAGUACCUUUCGGUGCUGAACAGGAACCCCGAUUGGACCAAUAAGCUUCUGGCUUAUUGGGACUCGUUCCUCUUCCCCUCCCAAUCCAACUCUUCAAAGACGACUCGCGCAGCGCCUCGUGACCCUAUCGAUCACGCCAACUCCCUAUUCGACAAGCUCCAGAUCCGAUCAUCCGAGCCAUCUGAGCCUGGCCCCGAUGUUCAGGCCCCGCAGAUCCAGGAGCAGAUCGGUCAGCCACCCGUCUCACGAACGGACGCGCCGGCGCUGCCUGGCCCCACACCGUCUGCCACGGCUCCGCGAGCGCCCUUGAGCUCCGCUUCGGCAGCUCGUCACGGCACCCCGACGACGACUGCACCUAUGGUCCCUCAGCCCCAGACUGUCGUGUCCAAACCCGCCCGCAGAACCCGCCAGAUGGCGCAGGUGGCUGAGACUGAGGCUCAGCAGGAGACUCAGGCUGUCGAGCCGACGAAGGGGAAGCGCACCAGACGUACUCGGGCCACUCAGGAGUAG